AUGUUUCUGCUCAUACUUCAGGAUUUGGAUGACAUGGAAGGAACGAGCAAUGUUUUGGAAACUGAAGAGAUAGUCCUGUUGGUCAAAACGCUGCAAUCUUUGAAUGGUCUGCGAGAAGUAAUAGUAAAAAAUCUUGAAAGUGGUCUUCGAAAUGAUGCUCCUGAUGCUGCAAUAGCAAUGCGCCAAAAGUGGCGUCUGUGUGAGAUUGGCCUUGAGGACUAUGCAUUCGUUCUUUUGAGCAGGUAUGCUAAAUUAUUCGAGCUUACUUGA